AUGUCAAAAUGUGAUGAUGAGAGGUUUGAAGCUCUCAGAAUUGCAUGGAUGAUGAAACACAAUAAAACAGAUAAGGAUGUCAUAAAAGAAAUUCAAAAUGAUGUUAGCGAUGAUGACGGCGAAAUUCAAUACGAUGAAUUGUAUCAUGAUUUAGAUGACGAACGGCGCGUCAAAGAUAUUCCAGAAGGAAUAGAAUUUGAACAUGAUGCAAUUGUUCACUUACUUAUGGAUGAACAUGAAAUCGAGCCAUUUUCCUUAGACGAAGAAUUGAAACUCAAGCAAGACAAAAACGGAAAUUUAAUUCCUGAAGAUGAUGAUCAAGAAAUAUUUAUGAAUGAAGAAAAUAAUUCUGAUCCAGAGGAAGAAAUUCAAGAACAAGUUACAGAAUUGCAAGCUGGAAUAUCAGCAUGUGAAAAAAUACUUGAGAUCCUUCAAAAUGGCGGCACUGUUUAUGAUUUAUUAUCAGAUAAAAAAAUCGACCAAGACACGUUUUAUUUACUUACCGAUAGUGCGACUAUUCUAUCAUUUUUGAACGUUCCCGUCUACCAAAUGAACGCAACUUCACUUUUCCAAGCAAAAUUGAAGCUCGAAAACAAAUUACAAGAAUUGUCAUAG